AUGUUCAGGUCCCCGUCCGAGAUCCAAGUCACCUCUCGCCAAAUCCCCAAAUGGGAGCGAAUCCCCAAUACCUCCAUCCAAUCCAAGCCCCUCCUCAUCUAUCACGGAGCAUUCAACGCUUCGCCAUCUGAGCUGAAAAGUCAUUUCAAUAGCAUUGGGGAGGUCGAACCGCAAUGGGUAUACGGCAUGUUCCCUCAGUCACACUUCCAUUCCACUACGCAUGAAGUACUAGGGGUUGUCUCGGGAAGCGCUCGUCUAUGCUUUGCUGGGGAAGGAAAUCCGGAGAGGUUCGAGCCGACGGUUCAGAUGGGGGAUUUGAUGAUUGUUCCGGCUGGUGUAAGCCAUCGACUUCUCGACGAGUUAGGCAGUGGAGGAAGUUUCAAGAUGGUUGGCGCAUACCCGAAGAAUAAAGUGUGGGAUAUGUGUUAUGGGAAACAGGGGGAAGAAGAGAAGGUCAAGGGUAUUGAAAGAGUGGAUUGGUUUCAUCAGGACCCUUUGUUUGGUGCAGAUGGGCCGGCGUUGCAUGUUUGACACUGGAGCAAUGCGAAGGCAUGUAUUAUGUAUUUGUAUAUCGUCCAGAUACGCCAAUAUCCAAGCAAGAUCUAAAUCAGAUCACCCAGGCCAUUCCCGUUCAGCCGUCCCAAGAAAAAGCAAAAGAAGUAAGUAGGCAAGCAUGUACAUAGCAAAAAGAGCAUAAAAUACGCCCAAAAGUAAAUUAAGUUAGACAAUAAGAGAAGGAAAAUAGAUGCGAUGGAAUAUAGCACGCAAUUCGAAGCUUAAAGCCAACAGCUUCACGCUGGAGCAACCCUCUUGACGAGCCUGUUUGGGAUGAAAAGUCAGAAAGACCAUGCAAGUUAUAUAGCUUGGAGACGCAUACCUGAGAACACUGAUUGCAAACGUAGUCAGC